AUGCCCUCCAUAGGCCCCACUGGAACUAUUCUAAUAACUGGUGCAUCUGGAUUCAGCGGUGCAUGGGUCUCACGCGCAUGUCUAGAAGCUGGGUUUUAUGUGCGUGGCACCGUGAGAACCGAGGCGAAAGGGCAAUUCUUGCAACAGCUUUUCAGCGAGUUUUCCGAUCGCUUCAGCACAGUUAUCAUUGAUGAUAUUUCCAAGCCGGGCGCAUUCGAUACAGUACUCAACGGAGUUCAAGGAGUCAUCCACAUCGCAGGACUCACCUCACAAAACCAAGGCUCUCAGAUAUUGUUGGCCAAUCUUGAUGGUGUUAAGAACCUUGUGGAGAGCAUUCGUGUGCAUGGUAUUGAUGUUAAACGAAUAGUGUACAUGUCUUCAGCCAGAGCCCUCCUCGAUGUAAAGACGACUCAGCUUGAUCGAUCUUACAAUGAGGGAGACUGGAAUAAUUUUGCAGUGGAGGCUUACAUGGAGAAAGGAGAAGAAGCAGACUCGACAACGCUGUACGCAGCUUCGAAGGUAUUAUCUGAAAGAUAUCUAUUAGACUUCGUCCGCGAUUAUCAAGUGCCGUGGGACGUUGUAAACAUUCUUCCUACUUGGGUCGUUGGUCCCGUCAUGCAAGAGUGCAAUUCUUUAGAGGCUCUGAAUUUUUCUAACAGGCAAUUCUACAAAUGGUUGACCACGGCCCCCAAGAAGGACACCUUGACGCAAUACGCUUUCGACUACAUUGACGUGAGAGAUAUGGCAGAAGCCUUCGUCAAUGCUUUGCGGGUCGAAGAAGCAGGAAACGAACGCUUCAUUGUUGACGCUGACGCUGUGACUCUUCAAAAUUUAUACGACGAAGUCCAUGCACAGGGCUCAGAUAUGCCACAAGUUCCUGUUGGUGAGCCGGACGCGCCAAAAUUCUCCUUCCCUGGACCGUUUGCCAGCUCGGAAAAAGCGAAGACCGUCCUGCGGUUGGGUGACUUCAGGGGACUAGGGACAAUCUCACGCGAUUUCAUGGCAAGCCUACGGGAGAAGGGACUGUGCUGA